AUGUCUUACGUUUUGCCUCCUAAAGGAAUCCUCCAAACCGAGGCUCUGAAAAAGUAUAUAUAUGAAACUAGUGCAUUUCCUGGAGAACAUGAACAACUCAAGGAGUUACGAGAGGCAACAAAAAAGAAAUAUGGCAACUUAAGUGAAAUGUCUGUACCAGUUGAUGAAGGGCGUUUUCUGUCGAUGCUUUUGAAAGUCAUGAAUCCCAAGAGGACACUGGAGGUUGGUGUUUUUACAGGCUAUUCUCUCCUUUCCACUGCACUGGCCUUGGCCCAGGAUGGUCAGAUAACAGCAAUAGACAAAGAUGGAGAAGGUUAUGAAAUUGGAUUACCAUUCAUUCAAAAGGCUGGCGUGGAGGGAAAAAUCAAUUUUAUUCAAUCAGAAGCCAGCUCAGUUUUAAGCGAAAUGCUCAGCAAUGACAAGCAGCCAGAAUUCGACUUUGCAUUCGUGGAUGCUGACAAGUCUAACUACAAGCAUUAUCAUGAGCAAUUAUUGAAACUGGUUAAAACUGGAGGGAUUAUUGCUUAUGAUAACACAUUGUGGUAUGGCUUGGUAGCAAAAGAAGAAGAUGAGGUGCCAGAGCAUUUGAGGAUUGUCAGGACAGUCAUAAUGGAAUUCAAUAAACUACUAAGUUCCGAUCCCCGCGUGGAGAUUUCACAAGUUUCCAUUGGUGAUGGCGUUACAUUAUGCAGGCGCCUUUACUGA